CAGAGCCAUUUUCACUGUUGAGUAAGAGCACGCUGCUCUCGGCAAACGAGCGAGAGAAAGAAAGUGCGCCUUUUGGGUUUUUUCGGAGCCGCCUUCGCUCGCUCUUCCUCUCCCCCGCUUUCUGGCGCCCCGCUGGAGGCGGUUUACGCGAGCCAGGCCUCGGGUGGACACACAAUGGGGCGAAGUGCCUGUGGCAACUGGGCCGUUGUGCUGCCGACGGGGGGAGGGGGUAGAGAGCCGACCGGCGCACAGAGCUAACAGAUCCAGCCGGCUUCAGGCCUCUGCGCCUCUCUCUCAAUCGCGAGCGAGACUCCGAUUAGAGGCUUCUCAGGAACCGUGAAACCUUCCUCUCAGGACUAUGGUGGACUAACUAUGGAUUAACAUGUAUUUGGCGCAGUGGAUUUUAGGAAACAUACGUCAGAACCGGAGAUUCGAGAGCGAGAAGUCGCUGUGUUUUGGGAAGGAGUGACGAACUUUUUCUUGCCUUUUAGUUCCCUUUCUGUUUUGCUUUUGCUUUUGCGCCGAGAGGAACUCAUAAAUGGAUUACAAAAUGCAUUCCAAGUCCAAUGAUUUGCUGGAUUUUCAGACACUGGAUGCCCUUUUGGAAAAAAUUGCACAUUGCUCCGUCCCUGUUAAAAGAGAGCCCAGCGAGGAGUGCAAUGGAAUUAGCGGUGCUCUCCCUGUGGAGCCCGCGCCCGGCUCGAGACUGAACGAGUGGUGUCCGGCCCCACCCCCUCCCGUCCCUCUGCCCGCGAUCCACCCCACCAGUAUGGGGGACGGCCUGGACGCAGUGCAGAUGUCAGGGAGCAGCAGCAGUCAGGGGCAGCCCUCGUCCCAGGGCCCUGGCAUCUUCAACCCCUGCCCCCCAGAAACCGCUAACCCUACCCGGCCCAAGCGCCAGACCAACCAGCUGCAGUACCUGCUGAAGGUGGUGCUGAAGACUCUUUGGAAGCACCAGUUCGCUUGGCCUUUCCACUCUCCUGUUGACGCCGUUAAGCUGAAUCUGCCUGACUAUUACAAGAUAAUCAAAAACCCUAUGGACAUGGGAACAAUCAAGAAACGCCUAGAGAACAGUUACUACAUCAAUGCCCAAGAAUGUAUUCAAGACUUCAACACCAUGUUUACCAACUGCUACAUUUACAAUAAGCCUGGGGAUGACAUAGUCUUAAUGGCAGAAGCACUGGAGAAGGUGUUCCUCCACAAGAUUUCAGAGAUGCCCCAGCAGGAGGUUGAGAUGACGACCACAGCCGGCAAGGGUCGUGGCCGGGGCAGAAGGGAUCCAGACAUGAACAUGAAAAUUGCACCUGGCCUGGAGUCUUCGCCCACAAUCCCUCAAACACGUGGCCUUUCCAGUCUUGCACCUGGGCCACAAACAAGAGGACCACCGCAGGGUCCGCCUACUUUACCUCCCCAGCCUACCAUGCAAGCCUUGCCCCCUCGAGUACCCCCUUCGCUCCCCUCUCUCCCCUUGCUCCCUUCGCUCCCCACGAUCCCUACACUCCCUACACACCCUACACACCCUCCCCUUGCACCUCAAUUAGGGCCACCUUUUUCUAUGGGCCCCACUGACUGCACCACACAGGUCCCCAUCAUAACGGCUGUGCCUCCUUCGACCCAAACCUCCCUGCCACCCCUGCUCAUGCAGCAGAGCGCCCCUUCUAUUCUACAAAGCCCCAUCCCAAUGCCUCACAAACAGCAGAGAAAAAGUCAGAAAAGGAAAGCAGACACCACAACACCAACUGCAAACGACCCGCUGAACGAGUCCUCGCCCGCUGAGUCCAAGUCAGGAAAGACUCUGCCACGCCGGGAUACUACACGACCAAGCAAACUAUCCAAAAAGGAGGCACCGGACUCCCAGCACCAUUGGACACCAGUCACUGGGACCCACAGCCCCAAACAACAAGAGCAGCUGCGCUACUGCUCCGGCAUCGUAAAGGACAUGUUUGCUAAGAAGCAUGCAGCGUACGCUUGGCCCUUCUACAAGCCAGUGGAUGUGGAUGCUUUAGGGCUGCACGAUUACCAUGACAUCAUAAAACAUCCCAUGGACCUCAGCUCUAUUAAGGACAAGUUGGAAAACAGACAAUACAGAGAUGCUCAGGAGUUUGCAGCAGAUGUACGGUUAAUGUUCUCCAACUGCUAUAAGUACAACCCUCCAGACCAUGAAGUGGUGGCUAUGGCACGCAAACUGCAGGAUGUGUUUGAGAUGCGUUUUGCUAAAAUGCCAGAUGAGCCAGAGGAAAUGCUGGCACCCGCUCCUGCGCCAGUGCUCCACCCGGCUCCUGUGAAGACACAGCCACCCAUGGGUACAGCGUCGUCCUCGGACAGCUCCAGCGAUUCCUCUUCUGAAUCAGACUCCUCCACGGACGACUCUGAAGAGGAGAGAGCCCAGAGGCUGGCAGAGCUUCAGGAGCAACUGAAAGCGGUUCAUGAGCAGCUGGCUGCCUUGUCCCAGCCUCAGGCCAGCAAACCAAAGAAGAAAGAGAAAGAAAAGAAGGAGAAGAAGAAAGACAAGCACAAAAAGAAAGCGGGAGUCAUGCCUGCACUGGAAGAGAUCUUGGAUCCGCCUCCUACCCUCAAGGCUCAAGGAAAGCCUAAGAACAAGGAUCCUCUGCCUAAGAAGCCCAAGAAGCUGAGCAAGAAAGAGGGAGGUAAGGGCAAUCGCUCCAUGGCUCCUGCAAGUGCUGCUCCACCAACCCUGCAGCCUGUGGUCGGCCUGGAUCCUGAGGAGGACCUGGGUCUGACUGGAGGAGCUGCAAUGGCAGGCAUGCCUGCUGGAGAGAAAUGUAAACCUAUGUCCUAUGAAGAAAAGAGACAGCUGAGCCUGGACAUUAACAAGCUGCCUGGAGACAAGCUGGGCCGUGUGGUCCACAUCAUCCAGUCCCGUGAGCCCUCGCUUAAGAACUCCAACCCCGAUGAGAUUGAGAUUGACUUUGAGACAUUAAAGCCUUCUACGCUGCGGGAACUGGAGAGAUACGUGUCGUCCUGCCUUCGCAAGAAGAAGAAGCCUGCUGGUGUUCCAGAGAAGUCCAUGGAGGCAAUGAGUGCUGCAAAGACAAAAGGCUCAUCAUCCGAGUCAGGCAGCAGCAGUGAGUCCAGCUCCUCGGAAAGUGAAGACUCAGAGUCUACAGGUGAGCCCUGUAGAUCUAUAACACAUGGUUUGACUUCUAAGCUGAAGAAGAGGGGGAGAGGAGAAGGAAAGAAGGCUCAUCACCCGGUGGUUGCUCCAGGCAUGCCUCAGCCUCAAGUUCCCCAUCAACCCCAGACCCCUGCUCUGCAGCCCAGUGCUCAGCUGAAGCCGCAGCAGCAGCAGCAUCCGUCUCCUGCUGCUUACAUGCCUCCUCCUGUCACAGCUCUGGAACCCUCGCAGCUCCUGGAAAACCCCUUUGACCCUCUGGCCCACUUCGUCCAGCCCCUCAUGCACCUUCCCCACCAUGCCAAUGACUCGCCCUCCCCUGCACCGCCUCACCUCAACGCUCACCCUCCAGGAGGCCCAGUGUCUCCUGAGACGCACCCAUUCCUCAAUCAGCACCCCAUCCUCCCAUCCCCAGCCCUGCACAACGCCAUGCCCCAGCAGCCUUCAAGGCCCAGUAAUAGGGCAGCCCCGCUACCUCCUAAACCUCCGCAGCAAAGCACGCCCCAGCAGCAGCAGCAGCCCCAGCAGUCCCUGCCACAGCAGCUCCAGUCCCAGCAACCCCCUCAGCCCCAGCACCACCUCCCUCCUCACCUGCUGCACCCUCCCCAGCAGAUCCGCCAGCGGCCCCUUUCCCCUCCCACGCUCACUCCCCAGGGCCUGCUGUCCUCCCAGCCCCCACAGAUGCUGCUAGAGGACGACGAGGAGCCCGUUCCCUCCAUGCCCCUGCCCAUGUACCUGCAGCACCUGCAGCCCAGCCGCCUGCAGCAGCAGCCGCCGCCGACGUCACUGAUGCAGUCUUUGCAGAGCAGGCCACAGCCGCCGGGCCAGCAGUCUCUGCUGCAGUCGGUACAGGUUCAGUCUCAGAUGAGCCAGCAGAGCUCUCUGCCCCCACCGCAGAUCCCCGUUCAGACUCAAGCGCAGCCCUCCCCACAGCUCUCGCAGCAUCAGGCCAGACACAUGCAGCACUCGCAGCUGAGCUUCUCUCAAGGCCCUGUGCAGACCACGCAAACGCAGCCAAGUCAACACAAAGUCUCCAUGCCCUCCUCGAAAGCACAGCAGAUUAUCCAGCAGCAGCCACCGCAGCAUCACUCUCCACGUCAACACAAGUCUGACUCCUAUAACUCAGCACACUUGCGAGAUAACCCCUCCCCGCUCAUGAUGCAUUCCCCUCAAAUCUCUCAGUAUGCUUUAGUCCACCAGUCCCCUCCUCAGGUCCCCAAAAAGGAACCACAGCAAGGUCCUUCAGCUUUGGGUGGCAUUAAAGAAGAGAAGCUGCCUCCUUCACCUGUAAUGCGUGGUGAGCCCUUCAGUCCAGCCAUGAGACAAGACCCUCAUAAACACCCUGAGAGCAAACCCACAAUGCCAGGCCACGGCCAACAGAAAGCAGAAAUGAAACCACUUGAAAGUUCCCGUCCUGUCAUCCGCUCCUCUGAGCAGAGCGGUCCACCGCCUUCCAUGCAGGACAAAGAAAAAUUCAAACAGGAGCCCAAGACUCCUGUGGCGCCUAAAAAGUUAUUCGACGUCGCUAUGCCUCAUAACGUGUCCUCGUUUGGUGGCCAGGAUGUGAAACUGAAGAACAUGGGUUCCUGGGCGAGCCUGGCACAGAAAUCCACCUCCACUCCCUCAUCUGGUCUGAAGUCCUCCAGCGACAGCUUCGAACAGUUUCGGCGCGCGGCCAGAGAGAAGGAAGAACGGGAGAAAGCCCUGAAGGCCCAGGCCGAGCAAGCUGAGAAAGACCGCCUGCGCAGAGAACAAGAGAAACUUCGGGGACGAGAUGAAGAGGACUCCAUCGAGACGUCUCGAAGGCCUCAGGAGGAGCCCCGCAGGCGGCAGGAGCAGCAGCAGGUCCAGCCACCGCAGCAGCAGCAGCAGCAGCAGCAGCAGCACCAAACUCAGCCCCAAGCCCAGAGUCUGGCCCAGCCGCCCUCGGCCCCGCAGCCCUCCCAGGGCCCGCCCCAGUCCCCCGCUGCUUCCCAGAGUGCACUUGACCAGCAGAGGGAGCUUGCACGUCGCCGGGAACAGGAGAGGAGGAGGAGAGAGGCGAUGGCAGCUACUAUUGACAUGAAUUUCCAAAGUGAUUUGAUGGCUAUCUUUGAGGAGAACUUGUUCUGAAGCGCGAGAGGAAGCGAGAAACUGCGUAACUGCUCAUGGAUUCUCCUCUGCACGGACAGAAUGAACUCAAAAAGCAGUAAGGGAAAAAGACCCCACCUGACCACACGAAACACUGAAGAGGCUGAACUAGCGAUGCAUAAGCUGAGGCCCCGAGAGGGAGGUUGUAGCUCUCCUUUUGCCUUAGCAGAAAGAGGGACCCUCACACUGGGACGGCACCGCCUCUCCGGCAUUCCUCCUGGAUUUGCCAUUGUGACCAUGGCGGGAAAGAGAGGACUCGUGUGACUCUUAAUGCAGAAUAUGGGAGCAAUGGACAAUGUGAUUGCUGGAGGAAUAUCUGAACGACAACAAUGAAAUGUACUGAUUCUCUGUACUACGGCAUCCAUCGACCGCCAGAUGUCUGUGGGGGAUUAGAAAAAAAAAACGUCUUUGUUUCCUGUUUGAUUUGGUUUCCCUCCCAUCGUUUCAUUUUGGCCCUAUAUCCUUUCCCCAUCCCCACCCCACCCCCCCACACCCCUUUUUCGCGAGGCAAACGGCAGGAUGGGAUCGGGGGGCACUUAAGAUGAUCUUCCUCGGGAGAGGAAGUCCAGCUCGCCUUACACCUCUGACUCGUAACCACGACAAAACAAUAUUCACCAGGGGCUGUGACAAAUGACUAAACAUGGUGUUUCUCACACUGUUAUCAUGUGCAGAUUUUUCAUUAUGUAGGAUCUACUGUAAAAAGGUAUUUUCUUAAUUACUGUUUUGGUUGAUUGGUUGGUUGUACUUUUGUUUCUUUCUUUUUUCGUUGUUUUUUUUUUUGUUUUGUUUUUUUUUUUUUAAGAUAUUUUUAACUCUCUUACCAACACCUUACCCUCUGACGUCUAUGCCAAACACCUCUAUCCUUUUGCGCUGAUAGCCGAGACCCGAAACGCUUCACUCUUAACAUGUCUUUCUAAAUAUAUAAAUAUAUUUUCUUGUUCUCCCCACUCGUCAUUAAAAGUUUAGGUAGCCUUGUAGAAGAUAAACCCUAAUAUAUGCAUAAUUCUGACAAGUGUUAAUUGAGGACAGAAUCAUGAAGAUAUACUUUCAUUGCUCAUCGUUUUCACGUAAAGCCGCCCGGUGAGGAGUCUCGCCUGCGGCGGGCGGUUUCUGAGCAUCCUUUAGUUUGAAUAUAAUUUAAAAGAAUACGAGAGCUAUUUUAAGUGUAUUAUACGUAUAGAAGGAAAACACGCAACUCUGCGCAACUGGUACACGCGUCCGAGAGCGUCGUGCGAACACCGGGCCAACGCGACGGAGCUCUCAGCUGGUUUCUGCAUGACUCCUCUUUUUCUUUUCACAGAUCAUUUUAUUACACCUGCGCAGAGAGAACUCUGUAUGCUGUGCUAGAUAUAAUUACGAAAAAUUUCGAAAGGAAAAAAAAGCUACAAAAAGGAAAAAAAAUCAAACCGUUCUGAUUUAUCAUUGUUCUUGUUCGAUUAUAGUGGAUGUGUUCUAAUUCUGUUAUUUGACUCAGCAAGGGGGCGGGGUGGGCACAAUUCGAGACCUUGGCAGGUCCUCUGAGUUUUCUCUUAUAGUGUUUUCUCCAGUGCCUGUAUUGUAUUGCGAUUCUAGUUGGCAUAUAUUAUGUUAUGGGGGUGGGGAGGGCCAUGGUUGAACGGGGAGGGGAAAAAUGGGGUUUAGGGGUGAGAGCUUGUGUUUAAGAGACAAAAACGGAAAGUAAACAUUUUAUAUUUUACCCAUUUACAAUAUUCAGGUUUAAAUCUAGUUUUAGCUGGACUUCUUAAUUAUACACCGAACAACUAGUUUUUCGUUAUUUUUUCGAAAAUGCAAAGAGGACAUGUCUGAUCAUCGUCAUCGACGUACGUGUGUGUGUGUGUGUGUGUGUGUGUGUGUGUGUGUGUGUGUGUGUGUGUGUGUGUGUGUGUGUGUGGAUGUUUGUCGGUAUGUGGCUGGGGAGGGUGUUCUCACCCUGAGGUUUCAAUCGCAACAACACCAUUUAAAUGAUGCUUUGCAAACUUUUUUUUUGGUUCUUGUUCUUCUUCAUGAAGUCCACACUUAUAUAAAUAUCUAUUAUUUCUUUUUCUUUUGUUAAUUUGGUCUGUAAAAGUUCAAAGAAGAGAAACACUUCAUUCCUUCAAGCCUUUACAUGUAUUUUCUUUUCCAUGGUAACAGUUGGACAUUAUGUGCCAUAGAUUCGGAUUUUCCGGAGAAUGUGCUGACCUGCAGCUCAGCAGAGAGUUUGCUUUAUUCAGGUAUUUUGUCAUUUUCUUUUUUUUUUUUUUUUUUUUUUUUUUUUUCUUUUGGGUUUGUUCAGCAUUUUCCUCGAUUACUGUUUGGUAUGUGCGUGGGCUAUCGAGGUCAAUGGUUCAAUCUGUUAUGAUCAUGAAAUAAACUCAUCUCUUUUAUAGAAAAUUAAAAGGAAACAAAAAAAAAAAA